AUGGAGGUCGUCGGCGUAAUCGCUAGCUGCACAGCCAUCGCCAACGUCGUCGCUAAGGCCUAUGAGUUUGGUGACAAGAUGCGUGACGCACAGGGCCUUUGGGAAGAAUAUAUCACGUCCUUGAAGAUGCUUGAGAAGCUCAAGUGUCUCAAUGUCAAGGAAGAGCUUGGGCAAUAUAAGUCCCUUGUCGAUGUCUGUGCCAAGAUGAUGGAAGACAUUGCCGAAGAAGUUAUGGACUUCCUGAAGAAAUACGCUUUGGACAAAAGCAAGGUAGAGCGCAUGUCGCAGUGGUUUAAAAGGCAAUUCAAGGGAUAUUUAUUUGUCUACAACAAGGAAGACAUUCGCCGUCGCAUUGAAAACGUGCACCGCGUCGUGGAUAUUUUCCAACUGGCUGUGACGAUGGCCGCUAUCGCAUUAAAUAGCUUUGAUCAAUCAACAACCGAGCAGAUGCUCCGGGAUCUCAGUGGUAAAGUCGUAGAUCAAGGUCUCGCUAUGGGUGAGCAGCCUGACUCUAGCACUGCCGAGCUCCCUGCUGAAAUUCAAACGCGGGAGGAUCUGGUCUCAAUUGACGGCUCUGAAGGGAUCAUCCGAGCGAGUCUCGUUGGCGGUGCUCCAGGCAGCGCAGAUAUGCCGCUUACAGAUGCCCAAGAGCUUGUCAACUACAUAGUGGAGACCGAUAAUGCUUCUGAACUUUCCUCAUCGGCUUCUGAGACCUUGGGCGCGUCGUCGACGCCAUCGAUUCCCAUUCUCCCCGAAGUCGACGUACUGGUCCCACGGAACACAGCGUAUAGAGAGGUGGAUGACGUUUUAGGUUUCUGCAUUCAACGCAUCUUGUUGGACAGUAACACUCAGACCUUCAUCCUCCACAGGGUUUUUGUCAAGACCAGCCAUGCGACCACGCUGUUUUAUUGA